AUAGUAAAUUAAACAGCCUUCGUAAAGGGUCUGCAAAGUUUGUGGAAAAACAGCUUCUCAUUUUUCUUUUCUUUUUUCAAUUAAGCUUUGUCGUUAUCUGGGUUGUUAUGCUUUCUCCAAUGCGAAAAAGCUUUAAUAAUAAUUUUUUCUACCUUUAGUUGAGUUGCUUUAUCCUUUUUUAUAUAAUACAUUUUUAAUCUCAUGAUGACUGUUCCUGAUUCUCGCCGUCUCAUCUCUGCUUCUUCCGUUCAUUACCUAAUCUUAUCUUGUUCUGAAUUGAAUCCCUCAAUUUGAUCUUAAGAAAUCAACAUGCAUAUAUAUUUUAAUUUGUGUUUUGAGAUUACUACAGGGAUUUUUUGAAGAUGGCCAAGGAGAACAGUGGAUCAACGAAGCCUAAUCAACUGGAAUCAAAGAAAAAGCGUCUGAGUUGGAUAUUAGGUGUUAGUGGGUUGUGCAUAUUGUUUUAUGUUCUGGGAGCUUGGCAGACAACUACUAGUACUAAUCCUCUCGUCAAUCAAUCAGAUGCGUAUACUAAAGCUAGUUGUAAUAAUAACGGGACCGAAAAUAACAACCCCCUACUAAAUCCACAACCAUUGCCAUCAACAUCAUCAGGUGUUUUGGAUUUUGAUAGUCAUCAUCAAAUUGAAAUAAAUAAUUCAGAUUCAGUGCAAAACUUUCCAGCUUGUGAGAUGAAGUAUAGUGAAUAUACUCCCUGCCAAGAUCCAGUGAGGGGUAGGAAAUUUGAUAGAAAAAUGAUGAAAUACAGGGAGCGCCAUUGUCCUAAAACCGAUGAGCUUCUUCACUGCUUAAUACCUGCUCCACCUAAAUAUAAAAACCCUUUUAAAUGGCCACAGAGCCGCGACUAUGCCUGGUAUGACAAUAUCCCCCAUAAAGAGCUCAGUAUAGAGAAGGCUGUUCAGAACUGGAUUCAAGCAGAAGGUGACCGCUUCCGAUUCCCUGGUGGCGGCACUAUGUUCCCCCAUGGAGCUGAUGCAUACAUCGAUGAUAUUGCUGAGCUUAUUCCUCUUAAAAGUGGAACCAUUAGAACUGCAAUUGAUACGGGCUGCGGUGUUGCAAGUUGGGGUGCAUAUCUUUUGAAGAGGGACAUCCUGGCAAUGUCUUUUGCACCCAGGGAUACACAUGAAGCACAAGUUCAAUUUGCACUUGAACGAGGAGUCCCUGCUAUGAUUGGCAUUAUGGCUUCUCAGCGGCUUCCUUACCCAGCUAGGGCUUUUGAUAUGGCUCACUGUUCCCGCUGCUUGAUACCUUGGCAUCAAUACGACGGUUUAUAUCUACUUGAAAUAGAUAGAGUUUUAAGACCUGGUGGUUAUUGGGUUCUCUCGGGUCCUCCUAUUCGGUGGAAGAAAUACUGGAGAGGUUGGGAAAGAAGUAAACAAGAUUUGAAUGCUGAACAAAAUGCUAUUGAGACUGUUGCCAAGCGGCUCUGCUGGAAGAAAGUUAUUGAAAAGGAUGAUCUAGCAAUUUGGCAGAAGCCUAUCAACCACAUUGAGUGUGUUAAAAGUAGGAAGGUCUAUAAAACACCACAUAUAUGCAAGUCAGAAAAUCCAGACACUGCUUGGUACAGAGAUAUGGAAAGUUGCAUUACCCCGCUGCCAGAAGUUAGCAACCCAGAUGAAGUUGCUGGUGGUUCAUUGGAGAAAUGGCCAGAGCGAGCAUUUGCUGUUCCUCCUAGAAUCAGCAGAGGGACAAUACCAGGUAUAAAUGAAGAAAAGUUCCAAGCGGAUAAUGAACUAUGGAAGGAAAGGGUGAGACGUUAUAAAAGCAUAAAUGGUUUAUUACCCAAAGGAAGAUACCGGAAUGUAAUGGACAUGAAUGCAUAUAUUGGGGGAUUUGCUGCAGCUCUGUUAAAGUAUCCAUUGUGGGUGAUGAAUGUGGUUCCUGUGAAUUCAAAUCAAGAUACCCUAGGCAUUAUAUAUGAACGGGGUCUCAUUGGUACAUAUCAAGAUUGGUGUGAGGCUUUUUCAACGUAUCCAAGAACAUAUGAUCUAAUCCAUGCUAGUGGUGUGUUCAGUAUAUACCAGGACAGGUGUGACAUUACCUACAUUCUGUUGGAGAUGGAUAGAAUUCUGAGGCCAGAAGGAACAGUUAUAUUCAGGGAUACAGUAGAGUUGCUUGUGAAGAUAAAGAGUAUAACAGAAGGAAUGAGAUGGAAGAGCCAGAUAAUGGACCAUGAGAAUGGACCGUUUAAUCCAGAGAAAGUCCUUUUUGCAGUCAAAACCUAUUGGACUGGUGAAGCUACACAAAAACAACACUAGUGCAGAGUUGUAUGUAGUUUUAUUUGUUUAUGUCCUUUAUGCACGCAGCUGUUUUUGUUUUCAAAUGUGAAAUAGGUAGGUUUGCUCAUCAUUAUCUCGUGAUCAUAUUUACGUAGUAGGACUGGAAACAUGCUCAUUAAUUCAAGAAAAUGUUGAGAGAGAAUGAAGUUGUUAAUUAGAUGGGUAGUGGUGGAGCUGUGAAGGAGAUGGAUCUCUUUCAUUCAUACGAGGCCAAAUUUUCAAGCGCUAGCUACCCAGAAGCAGCCUCUAUUUUGUUAUCGGUUGUUGGUUGUUGAUGAUGAAAUAUUGUUAGCUUGUAACUGCAAUGUAAAAUACCGCAAAGCCAUUAAUUUAGUGUUUUUAUUUUGGGAAA